CAUCCCUGUCCGCAGGCUAUCGGAGCGACCCUGCUGAUCAGUGCGGCCCCUUUCCUCAUCCUGUUCCUGAUUCCAGUUCAGUCCAACAGCGACCAGCACCAGAACCUGCUCAAGGUGCUGCUCAGCUUCGCCUCAGGCGGACUGCUGGGUGACGCCUUCCUCCACCUCAUACCACACGCUUUGGAGCCCCACUCUCACCAUGGAGAAGAAGAUCACGGACACUCGCAUGCAAGUGAAGAGUCACAGGACCACGGCCACUCCCACGGGGCUGCCCACGGUCACACGAUGUCCGUGGGUCUGUGGGUUCUCGGUGGGAUCAUAGCCUUCCUGGUUGUGGAGAAGUUUGUGCGGGCACUGAAGGGAGGCCACAGUCAUUCCCACGGCCACUCACAUGAUGCUCCCAAGGAAAAGGACAGCGAUGGGGAAGAUGAAAAGGAAGGAAAGAAGAAAGAGGGGAAAAAAAGCAAAGACAAAGCGGUGUCAAAGAAAGAGGAGCCAAAGAGCACAGACAUCAAGGUGUCGGGUUACCUGAACCUUGCAGCUGACUUCACACAUAACUUCACUGACGGCCUGGCCAUCGGAGCGUCGUUCCUCGUCAGUCCUGCGGUGGGCGCCGUCACCACCCUCACCAUCCUGCUUCACGAGGUCCCACAUGAGAUCGGAGACUUUGCCAUCCUUGUUCAGUCCGGCUGCACCAAAAAAAAGGCCAUGUGUCUACAGCUGCUGACGGCUCUGGGAGCUCUGGCCGGCACAUCUUGCUCCCUAUUGGCUGAGGGCGUGGGCGCUGCGGCGACCGCCUGGAUCCUGCCGUUCACUGCCGGCGGAUUUGUUUACAUCGCCACGGUGACCGUGCUCCCAGAACUGCUAGCGGGCCGCACCAGUUUCGGCCAGUCUCUGAUGGAGAUCCUGGCCCUGCUGUUCGGAGUGGGCAUGAUGGUGCUGAUCGCUGAGUACGAGUGAGACGGAGAGAGAAGAGGGUCAAAAGUGGUUGAAAAAAAUAAUGCUGGUUUUAAGUAGAGUCCAAUUGGAUUAUGAUUUGUCAGAGGUGUUUUUUUGUAUUGCUUCUGUUUUGGGACGAGCACCACCUACUGAUGGGGAAUGGAUGAUUUUUGUUAUGUUUUUUUUAGCGUUUCACGUGCUGAUUUGUUAUACUGUAUUUUUGGGAGAGACUGAGAGUUGGAAAGUAACAACCUGAUGGAAACAUAUUUUAAGGACUGCUUUUCAUUAAGGGUCUACAUCAGGACAGGAUGAGAAAUAUUUCUGUCCGCUGGUUUCACAAUUUACACACCGUGUUCAAGACACCGAUCGUCAGCUUCACUUUUACUGGUGCCGGUUUCCAAGAGUGGCUUAAAGUAGAUUCAUCUUCCAGCACAUUUUCUGUCCUUUUGCAAAUUAAAUCUGCAUUUCAGAGUUGGGUCAGUGAAAGGGAAGCAAUGGCAGUGACCGGCUUGUUAACGUGUCUGUCUGGAGAUGAUGAAUGUUAAUAUUUUUACAUUCUAAAAAUAAAAGUAAAAGUUGUGGCUUCUACAGAUGUACUCUGACAAACAUUUGAAUGACUUCAAAGUAACAAGCUGUUUUAGCCUUUACCAUUCCUACACAAUCUACUGUAUAGUUUAUUAACUAACGAUGGAUAGUCAAGGAGAAUACUGACAGCUGUGAUGAACAUCCCCAAUAAAGGUUUAUAAUUUCCUGU